AGCCUCCCUUUCCGGUCAUGUGACUUUUUGGAUUGUUUGGGGUCGCGCGUCUUUCAGUGUUGGCGGGUAUCUAAACUGCCAGCCGGCUGUUGUGUUGCAGAGCCUCUCGGUUGACCACACAAAUACUCACUAUAAAGAAAAUGUCUGACUGGACCAGAGGCAGACGGCGCGAUGCUCAAAGCAGCGAACAUGAAAAUGGUUAUGGGCCAUCUCGGUGGUCCCACUGCAGGAAAAGAGGGAUCGAUGGAAGCCUGCGGACCAAAAGAGACCCAGAUGGCGGUGAGAGGGAAAAUGGUGGCAACUCUGACAACAGACAUACCAGUUUCACCACUCCAGAGAGUGCAGGCCCAGUGUCUCGCUGGGACAGACAGGCUGACUGGGGCAGCCAGGUGGAGGAUGAUGAGAUGAGGCGGGAUGUCCACAGAGACAUGCAGCGUUACAGGAGGAGGAUACUGGGUGGAGAGGUCACCCAGAGGGAGAGAAAGACCUCCUCUGGCUCUUCUGGAAGCUGUGAUUCCAGAGAGGGGGAAAACAUGGAGACAGACGAGGCAGUGUUGCUACGGCGUCAGAAGCAGAUAAAUUAUGGCAAGAACACACUGGCCUACGACCGAUACAUCAAAGAAGUCCCAAAACACAUGCGUCAGCCGGGUGUUCACCCAAAGACUCCCAAUAAGUUUAGGAAGUACAGCCGUCGCUCCUGGGACCAGCAGAUCAAACUGUGGAAGGUCAAACUGCACGCCUGGGACCCCCCAACUGAGGGCAGCCAAGACAAAGUCCUCGAUAACAUUGACGAGCUGGGUCUUGAUGAUGUAAUGGACAUUGAGCUGGACUUUCCUAUCUUGUCAGACUCUCAGAAUGUCCCAGCCUCUCUCACCACACACAGCCUAUCACUUGAGGGUGAAGAUUGUUUGGGUACUCCAGUUAAAGUGCAGAAGACAGAAACCACAGCAGAGCCUGACAUGGCAUAGCUCAUCAUUGGUCCCCUCUGCAAGAAAAUACACCAUGUUCACCCCACCCCCACAACAUAUUAGGUAUUGUUUCUCCAUUCACACUAGUGCUUCUUAACUCUUAGGUUGGGGCAUUUUACAAAUGACUAAUCUACUCAGGGAGUCUUCUUAAUGGCAGGAUUUUACAGUUGCAUCAAGCUUCAGUCAGUUAAAUGGUUUAGGAUCACAGAAACACUAGUAGCACUGAUCUGUGGCCUUUUUGUUUGUACAUUAUGUGCAAAUGUUGAAUCAUCCUGCUUAUACUUGCUUAAUGCAAGAAUAUACAAAAACUGGCUGAACUCAAAUGGUUCUCUAAAGAGUUUAAAGGAAAUGGGCAAACCAAAGUAUUUUCCUUUUUAAUAAUAUUGACCGGAUUCUUUUCCAAGUACAAUUUGAAGUACUGAAGAGCAUUGCUUCAGUUAUAUUGGGCUGUGAUUUGUUUUUACAUUGGUUGUUUUUUAAUACUAAUGUUACUGUGUUUCUUAUUGCUGUUUCCUUCAUGGUGAAGACUUUCAAAUAAAAACAAACAAACUUGAAUGUC